CCCCCGCAGGGCUACUACACGCGCCACGGCGGCGUCGGCGAGGGCGGGGACUUCGUCACCUCACCUGAAAUCAGUCAGGUAUUUGGAGAGUUAAUAGGAAUAUGGUAUAUUAGUGAAUGGAUAGCCAUGGGGAAACCUAAAGCAUUCCAGCUGGUGGAACUGGGCCCAGGGAGGGGCACUCUUACUGAUGAUAUAUUACGGGUCUUCAACCAGCUUGGCUCUUUACUUAGUAAAUGUGAUGUCUCUAUUCAUCUGGUAGAAGUGAGUCCUAAACUCAGCGACAUCCAAGCGCAGAUGCUGACAGGAGGGAAGGUGCAGGCAAACCCUGAGGAUGAGUCUGCUUACAUGAAAGGCAUCAGCAAGACUGGAAUUCCCAUUUUCUGGUACAGAGACAUUCAAGAUGUGCCACCAGGUUACAGCUUUUACCUCGCACAUGAGUUUUUUGAUGCCCUGCCAAUACAUAAGUUUCAGAGAACGGAGAGAGGCUGGCGUGAGGUGUUGGUUGACAUAGAUCCGGAAGUUCCUGACCGGCUGCGGUUUGUCCUGUCGCCAUCCAGUACCCCCGCAACAGAAAACUUCAUUCAGCCUGAAGAAACGAGAGAUCACGUGGAAGUGUGUCCAGAGGCUGGUGUCAUCAUCCAGAGGCUUGCCUCUCGUAUAGAAAAGGAUGGUGGGGCUGCACUGGUUGCUGAUUAUGGUCACGAUGGAACCGCAACUGACACAUUCCGGGGUUUCAGGAAUCACAAACUCCAUGACGUGCUGACAGCUCCAGGUACAGCAGACCUGACAGCGGAUGUUGAUUUCAGGUAUCUUCAAAAGAUGACAGAGGGAAGAACAGCCAUGUUAGGCCCCAUAAAGCAGCGGGAGUUCCUAAAAAACAUGGGCAUCGACCUCCGAUUGCAGGUGCUCUUGCAGAAUUCACGUGACACAGCAACCCGCGAGCAGUUACUUCACAGCUCUGACAUGCUGAUGAAUCCCGAGAAAAUGGGGGACCGUUUCAAAUUUUUUGCCCUGCUGCCUCACCACCGACUUGCCCCUCCUGACAACAACCAGAAGCCAGAAUUGGCGCCUCCCUCGCUGCCUGUUGCUGGAUUCGGUGAACUCUUACUGAAGUGAUUUCAGUACUA